UAGGCAGGUUAAAAUUGAGAACGCCAAUUACAACACCAACUUUCUUUGGUGUUCUCAUUUCAACCUGAACAUGCAGAUGAUUCGGAUGUUAUGACCAUUUCAAAAUAACGUGUAGAAUUUAUCCGAACUAGCAGGACAGUGGCUUCGCAAAUAACUUAAACAGGUAGAGCGUUUUUGAUAACAAAAAAGUGCAUUCAACAUGGGAGACAUAAAGGCUAAGAUCGAUAUGAAGAUCAAAGGGAAGAAGGUGAUGGUGUUUUCAAAGUCCUACUGUCCCUACUGUACAAUGGCUAAGGAGGCGCUUAAGAAGUACGUUGGGUCCGUGUUGCCCGCUGACCAGUACGAGGUGUGGGAGAUUGAAAACGAGGGCGACUGUCAGUCCAUACAGAACGAACUUAAGAAGAUGACUGGCGCAUCUACGGUACCCCGCGUGUUCAUCAACGGGAAGUGUAUUGGAGGCGGCUCGGAAACCCAGGAUUUGGACAAGCGUGGGGAGCUCAAGAGGAUGUUGGCUGCUUAAACCACAAACACCCGGGCCUAUGGUUCAACAUGUUACCAUAGGACAAAAAUUACGCGUUUUUGAGAUAAAGGAAUUUUAUUUAAUUAUAAGCUCUUAAUUUAAUGGUAAAUCCAACAACCGAAUAUGACAACAACUUAAUUUAAGUUCUUUACGCUGACCCUUUCAAUAAUUGCUGGCAUAAUGUUUAAUGUUAGAUACGCGAUAGAAAUAAUUACCAAAAGGAUUAGGGUGUGGAAAACGUUCCGGCGAAUAAUUCAUGUGUUUAGACUUCAUUCUAUUUGGUCACUGACGUAGUUCUAGAACUCUGAACUGCAAGUAAGCAGAUUUAUGCUCCACAUUUGUUAAGAUAAACGUGCAACAUCUCCAUAUCACUGUGUGUACGACAUUUGUUAAAUUUAAACUUCAAACAUGUACACGUAUGCGGUCAUCACGUGAUGUUACGAACCAAAUUCCAUAAAUCUGGCAUGCAA